GUCUUAAAAGAGAACAACUUAUUUCAUACCAAAAUCAAUUAUGAGCAAAUUUAUACAAUACAUUAUGUUUAUCUGAGAGUGUUGAAUAUUUAGCAAUUAAGAGAUUGUUUUUGUAUAAUAUGAUGAAUGAUUCAUAACAUCACUAUAGUUAUAAGAAAAACACAAUUUUUAAGAGUCUUUUUGUUUAAAACAAGUAUUUACUAGUUACUCUUUAAUUUUUUUUUAUCAAAACUCUAUACAUUAAUAUCAUUUAUCAAGUAGACGUUAUUUUCUUGAAAGGUCAUUAGUAAAUAAAUUUAUUUUUAGGAGGGCCCUGAAGCCAAUGCUUCUUUGGCCUUACCCUUAGGUCAACUGUGUGCAUAUUUUGAAACCAAAUUACCUUAUGUUUGGGAACAGAAGGAGCUAACAACUGUAAUUAAGUUUAUAAGAUAAACUCAUUUGAUGAAGCGUGUACAUCAGUGGCAAAGUAUAAUUUAUUUUAUUUAUUUUUAAUUGAAAUGCUUGAGUUUCCUUAAUGAAAUAAAUAUAUAAUUUAGUUAUUUAUCUAGACACAACAUAAGUUUUCAUCUUCAAACCUACUAUCCACAAUUUAAUAAAAACAAAUCCUCAAUGGAAAUGAAUAGUUUAUAAAUGUGAUUGAGCUAAAAUUACAUAGUGCUUUUUUGCAGACCUUCCACAUUUGAAAUAAUUUUAAAUAUCUUAAAAGUGGAUUGUAAGCUGUGUAAAAAAAAAAAAAGAUUAAUAACUGUGAAGAGUGAAACUGUUGCAUGAAAAAUGGAAAGCUUACAGAGUCAAAAGCUAACAGAAAUAGCCUCUGUAUAAAAAGACUGCGAAAAUAAGGGACAUGAAAGGAUCUCACUCACAUGAUUCACGUUUUCUGUUCUUCAUUUUCACCCUUCAUACAUACUUUCUAACCACAAACCCUGCCACUUUGUCGCCCAUCUUAGACAACAACAUUCUAUUAUCCCACUUCUGUUUACGAUUGACAGAAACAUAGUCACACAAAAACACAAAAAAAUAAAACUCUCUUUGUCAGGUCUCAAUGGCUCCCUCAGACCAAUCUCGCCACUCUCUUGUUCCUGGAUUCUUAUACUCAUCAAAAAUACAGUCCCAUUUGAGUAAUAACACCAAUCAUGGGUUGCCAUUGCUACCAUCAUCAUCCUCCAUUGCAUCGCAUUCAUCAUCCUCAUCGUUACCAGCGCAGGGUGGGGCCAAGUGUCCCGUGAUCCUUUCACCAAAAGAGAAAAUCCGCAUGUUUUCUCCUGCCUACUAUGCAGCAUGCAGUGCCGGUGGGGUCUUCAGUUGUGGACUCACCCACAUGGCUGUCACUCCUCUCGAUCUUGUCAAGUGCAACAUGCAGAUUGAUCCUGUAAAGUACAAGAACAUCACAUCGGGAUUUGGAGUGUUACUGAAGGAACAGGGUGCUAAAGGUUUCUUCAGGGGAUGGGUGCCUACUCUGCUGGGGUACAGUGCUCAAGGAGCAUGCAAGUUUGGGUUUUAUGAAUUCUUCAAGAAGUAUUACUCAGACCUUGCAGGACCCGAGAAUGCAGUGAAGUACAAAACGAUCAUAUAUCUAGCCGGUUCUGCUUCAGCUGAAGUUAUUGCUGAUAUUGCCCUUUGCCCUAUGGAGGCUGUCAAAGUUCGUGUACAAACUCAGCCUGGCUUUGCUCGAGGUUUAUCAGAUGGGUUGCCCAAGUUUAUCAAGGCCGACGGUGUUUCUGGGUUGUAUAAAGGUAUAGUUCCUCUUUGGGGGCGUCAAAUUCCAUACACGAUGAUGAAAUUUGCUUCCUUUGAGACCGUUGUGGAGAUGAUCUACAAAAACGUCAUCCCAGUCCCGAAGGAGAAGUGCAGCAAAAAUAAGCAGCUUGGAGUGAGUUUUGCAGCUGGAUACAUAGCAGGUGUGCUCUGUGCAGUUGUCUCACAUCCUGCCGACAACCUCGUUUCUUUUCUCAACAAUGCCAAGGGAGCCACUAUUGGUGAUGCUGUGAAGAAAAUUGGGGUAGUAGGUCUUUUCACUCGUGGCCUUCCUCUUCGUAUAGUUAUGAUUGGAACACUAACCGGAGCACAGUGGGGACUCUAUGAUUCAUUUAAAGUAUUUGUAGGACUGCCUACUACUGGAGGAAGUGCUCCUGCACCUGUUAAGUAGAAAUCAGAGAUACUAAGGAUAUGCGAAAGGGGAUUUUUUUUGUCAAAAAUAAUCUAUGUUUAGAUUUUGUCCUUCAUUUCAUUUUCUUCAAAUUGUAUUGGAUUCUUAGUUCUAUUGUCAAAAGGAGAGACAAUCUUGUUUCCACGGGCAUGACAAUUAGUGUUUUAUGAAAUGUAGAACUAUUUUUCCUAAUUUAAACUUCCUAUCAUACUUGUCCAAUAUAAAAGCUCUACUCAAAUAUCUCAAGGAAUGAAGGAAAGCUUUUAUGGGUUUCCGUUUUAUGAAAAGAAGAAAAAAGGAAAGUUGUCUUGAUGUAGAGGCUAUGACUGUCUCAGUUGAGUUCAUCAUAGAAUAUUCUACGGGGCAAUGCUAUUUACAAAGCCGAGCCCUUCCUUCUUACUCCACAGCAUCUAAACUUCUUAUAAUAUGAAAGCUAGCUUCCAUAAAAGGAUUUGCAAAAACAAUUACAAAAAAGAUAAAUGGAAAGUGGCAAAAGAAAAAGGCGAUGUGUCUUGAAA